AUGGGCCGAGUUUUCAUCAUCCGAAAGUUCUUCACUGCACUGUUUGGUUUCAUGGUGAUAUUGUAUAUCAUCUUUGAUGGCCCUAUCGCACCUGAGCAACCGGCCGGACAUCCUCAUCGUCGGCCCCUCCAUGGGGCCUCAGAAGGAUAUAACGAUCGGGGCUCUUUCGUGGGAUAUAUGCUGCGUGGCUACGACACUCCUGACCCUAAGCUGUAUAUCGAGGGUUCGGCUCCUGUUUGCGAUGCGCUAAAUCAUGGCUUUGAGAUUGGGGUCCAGACGUCCUGGCAUAUGGAAGAUGACUUGUGGCAGAUUGCUGGCUCUCUAUCGAAACAUCCCAUGGUUCAAUAUCAUUCGGAGCAGGUCGAGGGCCGUUUCGACCUCCAGACUCUUGUUAAGAAGUCCUGGGCCCGGCUCGCCACUGCCUGUGUUUUGUUGCCUAGGGACGACCUUUAUCUGUGUAUAACUCGCGUUGUGUUCCAUGCCGAGGCCACACGUGACCAUGGCCGAGCCAGCUUUAUCCGCGGUCAAAUUUUCAACAAGCACUGGAUUCAUCUAGAUGGCUACCGACUUGAAUGGAAAUCUCAGACGAUCACUUUCCCGCGCAUCUUCGAAAUUCCAUUCGAUUACGAUCUUGAAGGCUUGUGGUACGGGCCAGAAGACGCACGGAUCAUCAUCGAAAACGGCGUGGACGAUGCUGAACCGGUCGUUGUGUUUAACAUGAUAGGUUCAAAGUCUGACUGGAAUCGCAGCAUGUGGAUCUUGCGGCCUUUCUCUCUCCACAUGGUACUCCUCACGAUACGUGACAGUGAAAGGGCUGGAGCGGAGAAAAACUGGUCACCAUUCUUUCUCCAUGAGUUCUCAGAUACUAAGCUGUCACAGGGGGUGCGCCAGCCGAACAUGUAUAUGCACUUUGUACGAUCUUUCGGGCCCUUGGAAAUCAUCAAAUGCAGUCUGAUCAGCGGCAUAUGUGACCCGGUCUUUCUGCAAGAUGUUUUGGAGGAACCAGAGUACCCUGUACAGGGCUAUUCGUACUUACGCGGUGGAACGCAAUUCGUUCCAGUCCCCUUGGGCCUUCUUGCCGAGCAAGCUCAAGCCGUUGAUAUCUUUGGCCAUAAAGGACUGAAAGCCUACAUAGCAUUACCACGGACCAACACAGGAGAUACAAAAUACUGUCAAGAACCCUUCUACCGACCACAUCUGGCGAUCAUGGUCACAGACGGCACUCACUUCGCCAUGAUCUACGGCUCUGAUCCCAUCGACUUCGGCCCGGAUAAGGUUAUCGAUCAAGUUUCCUUGGACCAACCUUGUGGAAUGGGGCGCAUCAUGAUACCAAAUGGUAUAGCUGAUUGGGACUACGCAGCCACGACGCCUAGAGGAAAAACAGAUAUCAUGACUAUACAGGUAUCUGUCAAUGAUGCAACGGUCCAAAGCCUAAGACUCAGUGGCAUUCUUGACUUGAUAAGAAGCCUUCCUUCCAUAGGCCAUUUACUCGAAGAUCCUGCCUCCUACCUUAACACCAGUGUUGGCAAAGCGGCACUCUAUAACAAAAUGCCCAAUCGCAUUUUUCACAUCACGCAGGAUAUCAGAAAGUGUAUGGAAGAUGCUGCUAGACAGUAUAUAGAAGAUCACACGCCUUCGAAGACGAAGAAACAGAUUGAUCAAACAGAAAAGGAGAAGAAUGAGAUGGAGGAUCGGGGUCGACAACUUGACGAACAUGGAUCAGAUGGAUAUAUCGAAGGAGGCGGGGAAGAUGGCGGUGGAGACGAUGAUGAUGAUGAAGAUGAUGGAGAGAAUGACCAAGCUCGAGCACAGGAAAGCGAGCAAGCACCGGAUGGACGCGAAGAAGGCGAGACUGCUCAAGAGAAGAGCGAGGAUGGCUCGCAGAUCGGGGCUGAAGAGAGUGAUGAAGGAGCCGCAAGAUGAUGAACGAGAGUUUCUACAAGCAGGAAGAAGCUACAGAAGAUGAUACUCAGCCAACACAAAAUGUUCUUCUACGAACUACAGCAUGAUGCC